AUGACGGGGAAGAAGAACAGUUUGUGGGGAUUUGGGUUGGUGGUUUUCAUUGUGAUGAUGAGCAGUGCAUCAAAAACAGUGCAUGGAUUCUCAUGCGGCGAAGCAGUAGCAGCAUUGCAGCCAUGUCUUCCCUUCUUGAAGGGCAACAGUCGAUAUCUCAAUGUCCUUUGCUGUGUAGACAUACGUGCGGUGUCCGACAAGGCUGCCACCACGGAAGAUCGCAGGAACCUCUGCCAAUGUUUUAAGAAAGCUGGUACAGCUGCCGGUGUUAAGCCUGAGAAAGCUAGACAAAUUCCUAAAAAGUGCCUUAUGAAAGUCCCUGUGCCUCUCGACCCCACCGUCGACUGCACCAAGAUUCCGUAA